GGCCCUCAAAAUGCUCAUUGAGUUACGAGUAAUGAGAUGUUCUUGGAACAAUCUCGAGACUAGAUACAUUGAUGGAACCGCAUUCCCACGUAUAUAAACACAUGCAUACAUACUGUCUUUCUUCCAUUGACAACCAAUUACUUCGAAGCAGAAGCAGUGAACACGCAAGUAUACACCCAAGAUUCUUCGCCCCCUCGCCAUCGCCAUCGCCAUCGCCAUCACCAUCAUCAAUUUACAACAAUAGAAAAACAGUCUCGAGAGAAACUAUUAUAAUCCCAUUUUACUUCAAUUUACGGCACUCCACUUCAAUCCCACAAGCUCUACCAUGCACUCUUUCCAAAUGCCAACCGUCCCAUCACCAAGUAAAACAAGAACGUCGACAUUACUAUAAAUAACGCACGCACACCUUGAUACCUCGGCAACGUGUCCGUACAUGACAUGCUGUACGUGCAGUUAACAAGGCAUGGCAUACCAUACGGACCGAAUAUCGCUCGCAAAAGACGGCAGAGGCGGGCGCCGGCGCUUGCUCCUAGGGCUGAAAGUACAGGUAUGGCAAAGCCCGAGGGUAAGGGUAUGGUAUCUAACCUUCCCUUCGGCACGGGGGUGGACAUGCGAGUAAGUGGUGCAGAACCAGCAAGCACCAGCACCAGCCAGCAAGCAAGCAAGCAAAGCAAGGUCCUGGGACACUACACUAUCACCGCGACGACAACAACGACGACGUCGUCGACGUGGGAUGAUGCAUGUACAAUAUAGCGAUGACACAAUAAUUGGCAAGGAAGUAGCCUCUCUUUCCUUGGUUGAUUGGUCUGAUCGAUCGAUUCACAUGCGGUUCCGUCAUCCCAUCUUUUUUUGUCAAGUUUACAAAGUAAGUUUAAGCAAGCAAGCAAGCAAGCAAUCAGGCAAUAAAAGAAAGCAAAAAAGUUACCCCAUUUCUCGCCGAAGAACUUCCGGUCUCGCGAUGGG